GAUUUGACUUAUAGUGUUGCAACACAGUGAAGACGCGGAGUGGGCGGCGCGGAGAGUUUUUCUCUACACGUAUCUGUUUUUCGUGGUUGCCAAACCCUACUUUCAGUUUAGCCGGACUGCUGGUUUUGUGUAAGUCUUAUAGUUUCAAAAUGUCCAGCGACCUCAGGCCAAAGUUGUGCGUCUUAGAAAAAGGGGAUAGCGGCUACGGUUUUCAUCUUCACGGCGAAAAGAACAAACCUGGUCAGUUCAUCCGGCAUGUGGAGCCCGACUCUCCUGCCGUCGCCGCGGGUCUGUUGGCCGGAGACAAACUGGCGUUCGUGAACGGCGAGAAUGUGGAGGACGAGAAGCAUCAACAGGUGGUGUCUCGCAUUCGAGGCAUUACGGACAAACUGGAGCUCAUCGUGCUGGAUCCAGAGACGGCAGAACUGCUGCAGAAGCACAAUUUGAAGUGCCAGAGAGAGUAUGUGACUGAUGGGAUACCGAUACCGAGCAGUGCUGGCUCGGACCAUGAAGAUGAUGUGAAGAACGGGACACCAAGGGAAUCCAUCCCCGUCCCGGAGACAAACGGGGACAUACGCAUGGAUAGACUGAGCGUGAGCUCCAAGGAUUCAAAGAAUGAGCUGCGUCCACGUCUCUGUCACAUGAAGAAGGGUGCCACGGGAUAUGGCUUUAACCUGCACACAGAGAAGUCGAAACCUGGCCAGUACAUCAGGGCGGUGGAUGAGGACUCCCCAGCAGAGAAAUCUGGACUUCAGCCCCAAGAUAAAAUAGUGCAGGUGAAUGGCGUUCCAGUGCACACGAUGCAGCAUUCAGAAGUGGUGGCGGCCAUUAAAGCAGGAGGAGAUGAGACCAGACUGCUGGUGGUGGAUUCAGAGACAGACGCCUUCUUCAUGAGCUGUGAGGUCCUCCCGACCGAGAAACAUCUCACAGGUGCACUCCCAGAGCCUGUUCUCAGUCGUGAUGCAGAAGAUCAGGUGAAUGGAAAAGCAACCCAGGAGGAAAAGCCUAAAGUAGCUAUGAGUCUGUCGACCUCUAGCACCUCCUCCAACACCUCCACUUCCGCAGCUCCAGCCAGCACCUCAGCACCAGAGGAGAAACCAAAAGAGAAGGCUUCAAGUGAUGGCGCAGGACUAUCUCUGAACAUGUCGCUGCAACAGGCAAAGGAACUAGCUCACAAGAAACGCUCCAACAAGAGAGCCCCGCAGAUGGAAUGGAGCAAAAGAAAUGAGCUCUUCAGCAACCUCUGAGCCUCCUUUGUGCCUCCCCUCUUCCUCUUCCCCAUUUUUUUUUCUUAUUUCCUCUCCCCCUCUAUAAUUGUCCGUCCCAUCAUGCCUCUCUGCUCCUUUUCUCGGUCUUUCAAAACACUUGCACACAAUUAGAAACCCUUUCACAUGUAUGUUUUUAAACCAGUGUUAUUUCGCCUGUGUAAUUUCUGAAUCUGUUGAUUUUUAAUGUUUGAUAAACUUCUGUCGACUUGAUUUACCUCUAUAUCACUGAUAUAAGAUGAAAUAUACGAUUUAACAUUACUGUAUAAUGUACAGUCUAAAAUGUUAUUUUUUAAAAGAAGAAAGCUUAAAUGAUACCUGAAACAUAUUGGUAUAUUUUCUUGCUUUGAUGCAGUAUUGAUGGCCCUUCGAGAGCGCUGGAUAGUAUCUAAUGAGUUUCUUUAGGACUAGUCUUAACAGAGAUGGGAAGUAACUUUUAGAGCAGCAGCAAUCCAUCGAGUUUUCAUUUUGGGGUUAUGAUCAAUUCAUAAUGAAGUGUAGAAACUACAGCCUUUUAAUUUUGUAAAUGUGAGCUGUUUUUGGUAUGGGACCCAUUAACCACUUAAAUGAUAAUGUUUGACUGAAUGAUUGACAUGUUAGUUGAUAAUGUUGGCUGAUAAACCUUCUCAUUAAAGGUUUUAUUUAAAGUGCUUGUUUAGUGGAUGUACUAUGCUUUUUAAACAGCACAUGGUAAUGAGUAAUGGAUGUUUAAGCACAAAAUCUGUGGUGUAAUUUUACUUGUAAAUCUUCCACUGUAUUUUAUUUCCUCAGCAAAUGCUCGCUUCACUCCAUAUGACUUUUAAAUUUUGAUUAAAAUAUUGAAAUGUACCUGCUUUAAAUAACUGUUAAAGAACAAUGUAAGUCUCUUUGUUCUACACCAAAAACGUGAUUUUUAUAAUGAACAUUAUUAAAAAUGGCCGGUCUGUUAUGACUGUAUUUAUAUAAAAAAAUGAAUAAAUAAAAAUCACUCAUUACUC